AUGAUUCUCCUUCGAGAUCAGCUCACGAACUCUGGGACGUGUCUCGUGUGGAAGGUUGCCUACUAUGGUCUCCCCGCUGCCGGAAUACUGCUUCUCGCUCUGCUCGACGAGCGUGCCUCCCCAAGCACCCCUCGCUUGACAGAACCCAGGACGCUCCAGCACCUCACAAUCCUCGCCGCCGAGCUCCAAGCCGGAUCGAUCAUUCGACCGAGAGAACCAAACUUUGAACUCAUGUCGAAGGCGAUGCAGACCAUUCAGAGCUUUUUAGAUACAAUCACUUCCGAAUCCUUGCAACCGAUGCCGAUCAUCUCGCCCCGUGAGUCUAUUGAAUGGCCAGGCCCGUACCAGCAAUAA